CAGCCUCAUUAAUAAACCACCGGGAUCUGUUUUAGUAACAAAACAAUCUCCUCCCUCUCCUAGUUACCUCCUUAAUAAAACCGGAGGGAGAGAAACAAAAAAUUACAAAAAAAAAGGAAAAAAAAUCAAAACAAAAAAAGGGAGAAAUAUAUAAAAAACAAAAAAAAAUAUUGAAAAAUGGCGGUUGGAAAAGUUGUGGUCUCUGUGGCAUCCAUCCUUCUGGUGGUGGGUGUUGCCAUAGGAGUUGUCACGUUUGUUAAUAAAGGCGGCAGCAAUGGCGACUCCAACGGUCCCAUAAACUCCCAUCAGAAAGCUGUUCAGACAAUUUGUCAGUCAACCACAGACCAAGGCUCUUGCGCAAAAACACUAGAGCCUGUCAAAAGUGAUGAUCCAAGUAAGCUCAUCAAAGCCUUCAUGAUGGCUACUAAAGAGGCUAUCACCAAGUCUUCAAACUUCACGGAUUCUACCGAAGGAGGCUUGGGGGCCAACAUCAGCCCGACGAACAAAGCCGUUCUUGAUUACUGCAAGAGAGUAUUGAUGUACGCUCUUGAGGAUCUUGAGACCAUUGUUGAAGAAAUGGGUGAAGAUCUACAGCAGAGUGGAUCUAAGAUUGACCAGCUUAAACAGUGGUUAACCGGAGUUUUCAACUACCAAACUGAUUGUCUUGACGACAUCGAGGAAGCUGAGCUAAAGAAGAUCAUGGGUGAAGGAAUCGCUAACUCCAAGGUAUUGACCAGUAACGCUAUCGAUAUCUUCCAUUCUGUUGUUACCGCGAUGUCCCAAAUGGGUGUCAAACUCGACGAUAUGAAGAAUGUAACUGUUGGAGGGAUCGGAGCCGGAGCCGGAGCCGGAGCCGCCCCUGCACGUCGCCUUCUUGAGGACACCGACGAAAAGGGACUACCCAAUUGGUUUGCUGAUAAAGACAGGAAGCUUAUGGCUAAUGCCGGACGCGGUGCUCCAGCCGGCGGUGCAGCUGGUGAUGAUGGUAUCGGUGAAGGCGGUGGUGGUGGCGGUAAGAUCAAGGCAACUCACGUAGUGGCCCAGGAUGGAAGUGGACAGUUCAAGACCAUUUCUGAGGCGGUUAACGCUUGCCCUGACAAAAACCCUGGAAGGUGCAUUAUCCAUAUCAAGGCUGGUACCUACAAUGAAAUGGUCAGGAUCCCUAAGAAGAAGAAGAACAUUUUCAUGUUCGGUGAUGGUGCUACAAAAACCAUCAUUACCAACAACAAAAGUGUUAAGCUUAACCCAGGAAUGACUACUUCACUCAGUGCCACCGUUCAGGUUGAAUCUGAGGGAUUCAUGGCGAAAUGGAUCGGGUUUAAGAACACAGCCGGUCCAUUGGGACACCAAGCGGUCGCACUCCGUGUGAAUGGAGACCGUGCGGUCAUAUUCAACUGUAGAUUUGACGCUUACCAAGACACACUCUACGUCAACAACGGACGUCAGUUCUACAGGAACAUUGUUGUGUCCGGUACAGUGGAUUUCAUCUUCGGAAAAUCCGCAACUGUGAUCCAAAACUCUCUAAUCCUCGUCCGAAAGGGAACCCCCGGACAAUUCAACUACGUUACAGCCGACGGUAAUGAAAAGGGUGCAGCGGUUAAGAUCGGUAUCGUUCUCCACAACUGCCGUAUCAUGCCCGACAAGGAGCUCGAAGCUGAGAAGCUAACCAUCAAGUCUUACCUAGGACGGCCCUGGAAGAAAUUUGCCACGACUGUGAUUAUUGGAACUGAGAUGGGUGAUUUGAUCCAACCAGUAGGAUGGACCGAAUGGAAAGGAGAGCAAAACCACUUGACUGCUAAAUACAUUGAGUUCAACAACCGUGGACCGGGAGCUAACCCUAGUCAGAGGCUUGAAUGGAUUAAGAUCGCUAAGAAUGCGGCUGAGGUUGAAGCCUACACCGUGGCUAACUGGGUUGGUCCUGCUAAUUGGAUCCAAGAAGCCAACGUGCCCGUCCAGCUAGGAUUGUAAGAAAACAAAAAACGGCAAAAAAAAUAAGUAAAGAAUAAAACAGUAUGUGAUAAUGUAAAGGUAACGAUACGACAUCGUCUACGGGGAUCAAGGCUCUUUUUGUGCUACUGUAUAUAUAAGAUAGGGUUCUAGACAUAAACACUUUUUUUAAAGAGACCAAUAGUUAUAGGAUGAGAUAAGCUCACAAUUAUAGAUGUUAUAAAAACUAUAUAUAAAAAAUCAGUUCGCCCUAGUUUUAUUUUCUCUCUCGCACAAAGUCCGAGAGAGUCAUUGAAGUUCAUCACCGCUAAUAGCUCCGUCAUUGCUCUUCCAUCGUUUGUCUCCCCCUUUUAGGCAUAGUCCUUUUGACAUGAAGACAACGCCUAGAUGAGUUACCUCCGCCGUAUAUGUUUCCGGCGAGAAUCUUUUCAAUCUCUCACUUGUUGUGAUGACCUUAUGAAAUUCCUAUUUGAGCACAAUCUCAUGUCUCUGAUGCAGUUAGUUGUGCCCUCCGUCGUCUCUCCCAUAUUGGAGUCACCAAAUCUGCUCAUUUUUUUUUCCGUCUUUGCUUGUUCCGGCUAUGCUAGUCAUAAGUCGAGAUGGGUUGUCUUUGUUGUCUGUGCUUUCCCGACGAGAAUCUCAUUCAUUCUCUCUCACUCGUUGUGAAGCUCAUUCAUUCUCUCUCACUCGCUGUGAAGAUCUUGUGAUUUUUUUCUGUACCGAUGUUCUCGCCAGAUCGAGAUCUCUCUCGAGAGCUUCCAGAUCUGUUACUAAAAUUCGUAUGGUUGACAUAAGGCCCUGCUCAGAUGAAUUUUCUAGUGAUGGUCUUACCGAUGAGAGAACCUUUCCCCAUGUCACUCCAUCACUCCUGUGUAUCGGGUUUCCGCCGUCGAGACUUUAAUGGUGAUGAAACUUCCGUUAAUCCCGCAUAUGAGGUUUGUCCUACCAGACCGGAAAGUUGCUCUGAUGCUCUUGGUUGCCUCUCCGGUUAACCGCUGCACCUUGAGUUGUGAUACCAAUGAUAGGCGAGAAACGGCGGAGAAACUAAUCGAAGUGGGUCAGAAUCAAUUAUCCUGGUCUUUGGGCCAGAGAAAAUAUUUCAUGUUAUUGGACCUGAUGAGUCCAUUAAGAUUUCUUUUGUAUAUGGGCCUUUCCUGGUUUUUAGGCCAGUGUUUAGUUUGCUUGUUAUUGGGGAUAAUAAAACAAACAAUUUCAAGUAGGAUA